AUGGGUAUAGACUUUGAUAUACUUGAACACUGUAGAAAAGUGAGGGCUGAUCAUGGACCCCCCUAUACAUGUCCCAUCGAAAAAUGUUCAAGAUCUUACAAGUCAGUAUGUGGGUUACAAUAUCACUUGAAAAGUUAUGACCAUGACAAUCCAACCCCUUUACCACCAGUUACCACAACUACUCCUAGAAAUAAGAAAGGAAGAAAUAGGCUGACUAAAGCUAAAAUUCCACCCCAACAGACUGCUCCUGAACCUCUGACAUUUGAAGAGGCACAAACAAUGGUGCAAUUUGAAGUUAAUGGAGUAGCCUGUAGAUGGAAUAUACAUGAACCUAUGGAUGUUGUCCCAAAAGAAGAUUUUUCUGAUGAGGAAAUGACAGAAGUGAAACCAGAACAACCACCUACUUCACAACAGCCUGUUGUUCAGCUACCUGAAGCAAGCUUCAAAGAGCUGGAAGAUUAUAAUAUUUGUGAUGCUCCACAAAGACCAAAUGCAUAUAUUAGGUUCAUUGAAAAAAGUACAGAAGAAUUGGAUGGAGAGGUGGAGUAUGAUGUAGAUGAAGAAGAUACUGCUUGGCUUUCUAUAAUGAAUGACAAAAGAGAAGCCUCUGGUUUGGCUCCUGUAUCUGUGGACUCAUUGGAACUAUUGAUGGAUCGUUUGGAAAAAGAAUCAUAUUUCCAAGCUUCUGUGAAUGGCCAUUCAGGAGCAGUUGUAGAUGAUGAUGCAGUUUGCUGCAUAUGUAUGGACGGUGAAUGCCAAAAUACUAAUGUCAUACUGUUUUGUGACAUGUGUAAUUUGGCCGUACAUCAAGACUGCUACGGUGUGCCUUAUAUUCCAGAAGGACAAUGGUUAUGUAGACGGUGUUUGCAAUCUCCCAGCAGAGCAGUAGAUUGUGUGUUGUGCCCCAACAAAGGAGGGGCAUUCAAACAGACAGAUAGAGGGACUUGGGCGCACGUCGUUUGUGCCUUGUGGAUACCGGAAGUUAGAUUUGCGAAUACCGUUUUCUUGGAACCGAUCGACUCCAUUGAGACCAUUCCGGCCGCCAGAUGGCGCCUCACCUGCUACGUCUGCAAACAGAAGGGCGUUGGAGCGUGCGUGCAAUGUCACAAGAGCAGCUGCUACUCGGCCUUCCACGUGACCUGCGCCCAGCAGGCCGGCCUCUACAUGAACAUGGACACGGUCAAGGGCGGCGGCGAAGCGCAGCCGGUGCUGGUCCAGAAGAUCGCCUACUGCGACACUCAUGCGCCGGUCGACAACGGUGAUUCGAAGAAAGACGACUCCAAGAAGAAGAUGCUCCAGGCCCGCAAAAUGCUGGCGAAAAAACGCACAUCCGCCCCUGUCAUCCUCAUCCCCACCAUUCCGCCCGAACGCAUCCAGGAGAUCGGCUCGCUGGUGACCUUGACCAAGAAGUCGCAGUUCAUUCAGCGGCUCAUCGCCUACUGGAUGCUGAAGCGGCAGUUCCGCAACGGCGUGCCUCUGCUGAGGCGGCUGCAGAGCGCCCAGGGCGGCACGAGAGACUCGAACACCAGCAACGUGGACACAAUUGAGCUGUGCAGGCAGCUCAAGUAUUGGCAGUGUUUGCGGCAGGAUUUGGAGAGAGCGAGAUUGCUAUGCGAGUUGGUGAGAAAGAGAGAGAAAAUGAAGCUGGAGUAUACAAAGGUAUCGGAGAAGUGUAUGCGGAUCAAGUUGAAACCACUGGAAGCCAGUCUCAGAAAUGUGCUGGAUUUGAUCCAGGCCAAGGAUACGAACGAAAUUUUCACAGAGCCAGUGGAUCUUGAUGAGGUACCAGAUUAUACAACAGUGGUAACGGAGCCUAUGGAUCUCAGUACCAUGAGAACUAAACUCGAUGAAGGGCAAUACCCUGACCUCAAUACUUUGGAAAAGGAUUUCGAUCUCAUGAUUGCCAACUGUUUGGCAUACAAUAACAGAGACACCGUGUUUUAUAGGGCUGGUAUAAAGAUGCGAGAUCAGUGUGGUGUGAUUUUUCGCCACGCCAAAAAAGAGCUAGAAGCAGCUGGCUUGCUGACAAAUAAUGUGGAUGGCAAACAGAAAGCUGGAAUAGGGGAAGAAUCUAUGGCGUCUGAUAUCGACAAAGAAUUGGCCACUUUACAGGGUCAAACAGGGGUGGACGUAGUGUCAAAACUCGAAGAUCUCUUGGUGAAGAGUCAGGCCUUGAAACACGGUCUGGCAAGAGCAAAGAGAGUGAAAUUAGUAAGAAACGAACUGAAUAGAGUGAAGAAAAUCCUGGCUGCUAUCACCGAUACUGAUCAAACAUCACAGUCAGAACUAGAUGUUGAAACUGACAGUGUGGACAUUAAAAACAAUUCUACCAAUUCAGUUUCUCCUACUGGAGUGAAUAGGAGAACGGCAGUACUAUUCACGAAAAAAGCUCAAGCAGCUUUGAAAAAGGAAGACAAAGACAAAGAAGACAAAGAUGACUCGUCUGAAACAACGAUAAAAUCCAAGAAAAAAGGCAAGCCUCGCAGCUCAGUCGACCCCGACCCUAGCGCCGACCACGAGGACCCGAACCGCGUGCCAGACAGCUUCAAGGUGUACCGCGCAGGCGCACCGACCACCGACGACGAGCACAGCGACAGCGACAACAGCCUGUCGACGUGCUAUUCGCAUUCGCUCUCCGACAUCGCUUCCGACGACGACAGCGACUGUUCGGACGACAGCGCUGCGCAUUCGGCCUCAGAGGUCGUUACCGAGAAAGAGUUGAAGCCGAUGCAGCUAGUUUGGGCGAAGUGCAGAGGUUAUCCUUGGUAUCCGGCGUUGAUAAUCGAUCCCCAAAUACCUAAAGGUUAUAUUUACAAGAACGUUCCAAUGCCGUUUCCGCCUCAGGAAGUAUUAGAUCUUGCUCAGAAUCAUUCGGAACCUGUGUUUUUGGUUCUGUUUUUCGACGCAAAAAGAACAUGGCAAUGGUUGCCAGCUGAAAAAUUGGAAUUGCUCGGCUUGGAUCCAGAAAAGGACGAGGCAAAGGCGAAUGAACCUAGGAAGCCUACCGACAAAAAAGCUGUCAAGAAAGCUUAUGAAAAUGCACUUGAUUUCCAAGCACAGAUACUUGAAACUGAAAGAACCGAAGAAAAAACUUAG